AUGGCCACCAAGCAAGUGACGACAAAGCUCGACUGGGGUAAGAUUGUUUCGACCCUUGGUUUGACUGGCUCGACGGCAUCCUCUCUGCUUGCUUUCCGCAAGCGUAACGAGGACGCCAAGACCAAGGUCAACCACCUGGAGCAGGAGGACGUGAGCAUUGACUUUGCCUACUACAAGUCGGUUUUGAAGAACCAGAAGAUUGUGUCUGAGGUUGAGGCUGCGUUCAAGUCGUUCAAGCCCGUGACCUACGAUAUUUCCAAGCAGAUUAAGGUCAUUGAGACUUUCGAGGCCAAGGCUCUUGAAAACGCCGAGUCUACAGAGUCCAAGGUCAAGGAGGAGCUUGGCGCCCUCAAGAGCACUUUGGACAACAUCAAGUCGGCCCGUGCUUUCGAGGACCUUGUCGUUGAGGACAUGACCAAGGCUGCCCCCGAGAUCGAUAAGAAGGUUGCCGAGAUGGUCCAGAAGGGCCGCUGGAACGUCCCUGGCUACGAGGAGAAGUUCGGUUCCACCGUUGUUAUGUAA